AUGUCUUUUUGUAUGCAUCCGAUCGACGAAAGCAUUCCCUUUUCACCAUGGCCUUCAUUCAUCCACCUUUCCACCCGUCCACCCGUCCACCCGUCCACCCGUCCACCCGUCCAUCCGUCCAUCCUUUUCCCCUCCACCCUUUCAGCCGUCCGCAUAACCAUUCACCCAUUCACCAGUUCAGCCUCGUGUUUUGUCCAUUCCCAAAACAGCACACCCCUCCGCCCACCCUCGCACCAGUUUCGCAUGCAAGCAGACAACAUGCGUCUCGACCGGUUGCUUCUGGCCGAAAUGCCUUGUGGCCUCAACCACUCAUCUCUU